CCUAUGGGCACAUAGGUGCUGUGUGCCCAAACCGGGGAAAAGGUGUGUUGUGCUAUAAUUGCAACAGGAUUGGAAACCAUAGAGCACCAGACUGCCCAUUUAAACCGGGCAGCUCCAAAGACGGAAACAAGCAAGGAGGGACAUUUGGAACUAAUGCAAGGUAUAAUAGAUAUAACAAAAUUAUUAAUCGUACUCGAGGUUCAGAUAACAGAGUUGGUCAGAGAUGCGCGCUGAAAAGAAAAAGGGGAGAAAUAAAAUUGGGUGAGGCAAAAAGGGGUCGAUUCAGUGUCUGUAAAAGUAGGGGAAGACGGGGUUAUAAAAACGUGAGCAGCAGAGGAGGAAAACAAUCUACAAAGGAUGAGAGUGAGGGUAAGUACAACUAUGAAUACUAUCCUGAACGUUUGGGUAGGAGAGGAGAUGUUUUCAAUAUAAUGGAUAAAAACUCAAUGGCCCUAUUCGCGGAAAACAUAGGCAACCAGGUUAGAUCCAUUCCGAAAUUUAUAGCAGAUUCAGGGACCACAGAACACAUUACUAACUCUAAAAUUAUAUUUAAAACUAUUAACAAGGGCGACUGCGGGCUGAUUAAGUGUGCUAACAAAAACAACUCAGCAGACAUAAGAGUGAACGGAACCGGGAAGAUCGCGGUGAGGUUAAGGAAUGGUAAAAUUUUGGAAAUAGACAAAGUUAUAUUUACUGAGACUCUUAAAGAAAAUCUGCUAUCACUACGAAAGUUUGCUGAAAUGGGACUUGCCAUUUAUUUAGACAAUCAAAGGAUUAACAUUUUUGAUCCGAGCUCAAAAGAAAUGUUUCUGACUGGAAUCUAUAAACGUCCUUUUUGGAUAAUUGAACUGGAAGUAGUUGGUAGGGUCUCGAGAACCUCAGCAACUCACAAUAUAACACAAGCAAACGCAAGUCUGGCUGAGGAAAAUCCAGAAAAUAAAAGGUAUAUUACAAGGAGUGUGACGUCAAGAGAAAACCAACAGGAUAAACUAAAUGAAAUGCAAGGGGAGAAUAAAAACCCAGAGGAGGUGUUAGACUUAGGUGAGGAUACAAGAGAAUUGAAUUUGGGCAAAGAAAGGGGAGAGUAUCUAACUGAAACAGCAGAGAACUGAGGGAGAGUAGAUGAGAACGGGAAACCGUAUGAACAUUCGAACUUUGACAUGACGAUAUGGGACCGGAAGAUUCACAAUGUCGACCAGUUACAAGUAGAAGAAAUUUCGGAGAGGGAAAGUCCGUUCACAGAUGAGCAUAAGAGGUUUCUUGUAAUCUUUGUAUUUGUGUGUUCAACGAGUAACCGUCAGAUCAAAGUGUUCAUACCUCUGUCUUAUUCACUGACUCAAAUAAAUCAAUUUGUA